CCACCACCACCCACCUCUACGCGUACUCGACUCUGGUAUCUUCACAACGUCCUUCGAUUUGCACUUGAUCUCUCUUGUACUCAUUUGGAUUUUGCUUCUUCUCAUUCAUCUGCUUGCUUUCUUCUUGUUCUCGCGAGCUUUCUCGGCUCAUCUGGCUCUCCUCCGUCCGGCGUUUCUGUCUGGACCAUUCGUCUGACCAGCCGCGCUGUGACCUGCACUUGUCUAGAGCUCCUGUCACAGCCUGCUCGUGCCUUGCUGCAAAUCAUAUUGUAAUUUGAGCUCUUCAUUACCUUUUUCUGUUUGUGUCGUGAUUUCCUGCGUGUCGUCAAGCUAUCGUGGUGCCUGUGUUUCCCACUUUUAAACCACCUUCAAGGGAAAGAGCAUCGAAAUCUCGGUGCUUUAUCUACCUAAGCUCAAGACUCUUGCUGCCGAGCAGAUUCAGAGCCUUGGAAACCCUUUCCUUUUUCUUUCUCACUGAAAAUGGCCCCCGCUAGCCACAUGAGUUAUACCAAGGAUGAGCGAGUAUUAUGUUUCCAUCACGAAAUUCUUUACGAAGCCAAGAUCCUGGACCUGAGGCAUGUCGACCCCGACGACAGGAAGAGUCCGUUUGAAUACCUGAUCCAUUACAAAGGCUGGAAAAACACGUGGGAUGACUGGGUGCCCCAGGAUCGUCUUCGGAAAUUUACCGAUGAGAACCGGGAACUCGCAUCCACUCUGCGCCGCGAAGCUGAGGCCACUUUUCGGCAGAAGAGUGGCAAGCCUGUCCCCAAGAAGAAGGGAGGUUCUGACCGGAGCUCUGCUCGCGGAAGUGAGGAGAGACAGAGCUCGGUUCCGGCUCGUGGCACUAAGAGAGGCAGAGACAACGAGAUUGAAAAGGAAGAACAUUUCUACAUGCGGCCGUCUAUCAGGAUUGUCAUCCCAGACAGCCUCAAAUGUCUUCUGGUUGACGAUUGGGAAUAUAUCACCAAGAACCACCAGACUGUUAAUCUGCCAUCCAGAACUCCGGUCAAUCAAAUCCUCGACGCCUACCGGGAGGAAGAGAAACCGAAGCGCGCAAUGCCAUCUGAUCUCGAUGUGCUGGAUGAAGUUUUGGCAGGCAUUAGAGAGUAUUUCGAUAAAGCUCUCGACAAAAUUCUUCUUUACAGGUUUGAACGCGAGCAGUGGCGAUCGAUCAAGAAGCGUAUGGAUGCAACAUCUGGCGAGAUUGCCGGCAAGAUUCCUUCGGAUGUCUAUGGCCCAGAGCACUUGAUUCGUCUGUUCGCUACAAUGCCCGAACUUAUUGCUCAGACAAAUAUGGAUCUGCAGUCCACAACCAGACUUCGCGAGGAGCUCUCCAAGUUCACCAUGUGGCUGAGCAAGAACUCCGAGCGGUACUUUGGAGACGGCUACGUGAAUGUCAGCAACGAGUAUAUCCAGAGAGCAAAGGGGAAUCUUGAUUUUGCUCCUGGAACGGCCACGUCGCAACUCGGUUAGGCUGUGCCUUCGGAGCCUGAAUCGCCAUCGUCAUUCUUCUACGGCCUUCAUUGCUGCUUUUCGCAGGAACCAUUUUGCAUUGUUCUUCUCUGUUGUGCACGGAUACUUUUUAGCCAUUUCCUCUUUUUGCUAUUUCCGUUAUUGUAUCAUUAGCGAACUCCAUCAGGGUGUCUUGACGAAGGACUCUUCCAUAUCCGAUGAGCCAUCUUCUUGGUUUGGUUCUUAUCAAAAAUCGAAAUAACAUUGCAGUGCGGC